CAUUCUUCGCGACGAUACCAGCAGCAUCGAAACAUUUCAGCUACAUUGAUCUGUGUUAUCACGCUAUUUAUCCUCUGUGAGACGCCUACCUCGAUAGUCUUCUUCAGUAGUGUUUAUCGUACCAUUCGGGAACAGGAAGCAAAUGAUGAUAUUUUGGAGACAGCAAUCUCGGAAAUUGGCCAGAACACCUCGGGAGAUCAUCUGCCGCCAAUAAGGGUAAUUGAAAAUUUAACUCCAAAUGAGUUCGACAAGAUACUCUACUCAAUAGCUUUACUCACAGCAUUUAUUAAUUUCGCCAGCAAUUUCAUCAUUUAUGGCCUUGUUGGACGACGCUUUCGUCGACUGUUGCACAGGAAACUAAGUUCCUGGCUGGCUGCUUUGCAAUUUUGCCGAGUAUGCUUUAGAUGCUUAAAAGAUGAUGCAUAUACGGCCAGCUACAAUGCUAACUCGGUAAUGCGGAGACCUAGUCCUAAUAAAGUGCUUACUAGGAAGAAGAAGACUGUCUUGGCAACAAAAAAUCUAGUUAGGUGGCAAAACCAAACAAGUCGGCUUGCUGAAGAGCUGACGACGCUCGAAACUUCAAAAAUAUCGCAGACCGAACAGCUUCUUGUUGAGAAGGAGGUAAAAUGGGAGCUAACGCCAGCACAACAACCUGGAGUAAGCGAUGAUGUACUCCUCUCUGCUUGCAGUAAGCAGAUCAAGAAAGCUAAACUAAAAUGGGGCAAAGCAAAGUCAGGACUACUUCAGAUUAAUAACGAUGCAGAAGAAACUAAAGGUAAUGCACUUGAAUUUAACGGAAAGGAUACAGAAAUAAAGGAAAACAAAAAUGCUUUCAGAAAUAAGGAUAGCCAACGCUUCCAUUCCAAUACAGUAGUUGGACAGAUAAAACAAAUCGAGCAAAAAGGAGAGGGCAUUUUAGAUUCAACAGAAAUAAAGCAUGCUAUACUUUUUGAAAAAAGAACAAGUGAGCAUUCACUUGGUGAGCUGAGAAAUGUUAUGCAGAACGAGGAGCCUAUUCGGCCAAACAAGGGCCACGAUGAUAACCAAAUCGAAUUAGAAAACGUAGAAAUGCUUAAAAUAGGGAAGGGUGAAGGAACUACUUCAAAGGUCCUUCUUCAACAUUAUGACAAGAAUAUACCGGAGGAGGAGGAAGAGCAACUUGCUAGUUCCAAUGUAGAUACUUGCAUGAAUGGUACUGUUCCGGUGCCUAGCAUUGAGUUUCAGAAGAUCCAGUCAAUGGACCCUAUUCAUUUAAAUCCCAAUCAACCCCUUAAAAAUACACUUGUAUAA